CCAAAGAAAAAUGACUAAAAGUAUCAAAGAUGAGAACAACAGUGCAACAAACCAUAUUACAAAUAAUGAAGGUGUAUGUGGAACGAGAUUCUCGCAGCAGACGUGUCUUCAGAAAUGCCACAAUAUAACUGUAUAUUCUGUAAUGUAUGGAUUAACUGUACUGAUGACCAAUGCUCUUACUGUCUACAUAUCAUCCCAGAUCACCACACUCGAGAGACAGUUUGAUUUAUCGAGUUCACAGAGUGGAUUCAUACUCAGCUGUAACGAUAUUGGAUUUACUUUGACUGUUCUAUUCGUCAGCCAUUUUGGAAUCAGAUUUCACAUACCACGUGUUUUGUCACUAUUUACAAUUAUAUAUGGACUGUCUGGUGUAUCAACAAGUUUCCUUAGAUUUUUAUCGGACCAUGGGAUUCCAAGUGAUGACGACAACUCCAUUUCACAAAGAAACAAAACUUCUAACUUGUUAUGCAUUAUAAACCGAAAUACAACACUAGACUGUAUAACAGAGGGACAUGAAGACUCUUCCGGAUCUAUUUAUAGAAUGAAAGUUGCAUUUAUACUUUUGUGUAUAUUUAUGGGGAUACAAGGUCUUGGAAAAGCCCCCAGAAGUUCCCUUGGAACAUUUUACAUUGACAGUAAUGUGCCUGAUAAAACGAGGACCGGAUUUUAUUUAGGGAUAUCCAGUACCAUGGCUCUGUUCGGACCAUUUCUAGCCAUUACCUUAGGUGGAGUGUUUGGUAAAAUACCAGUUGAUUUAAAGGAAACAACAAUGGAACCAACAGAUCCGCGGUGGAUUGGAGCAUGGUGGAUCGGCUUUUUGCUGUUUGGAGUCCUAGGGAUUGCAUCAGGCUUACCCCUCCUUUGUUGUCCAAGAAACAUAGUCCCAGCUGAUAAUACAGAUAAGGAAAAACAGAAAAAUUUUGGCGAUAAUUCAUGCUGUUCUGUUCUGAAAGAUAUUCCAAUAGCUAUAUUUAGAAUACUCCGAAGACCCGUUUACAGUUUGACGAUAUUAGGAUUAGUAUUUCAGCUGUUUGGGUUGAUUGGAGGACUGUCAUUUGGUCCUAAAUACACAGAAAACCAAUUCAAUAUCCCAACAUGGAAGGCAAACAUUAUAUUAGGCGCUGAAAAGUUAGUGACAGCAACACUAGGUACUUUUCUGGGAGGUUAUUUGACGUCACGACUUAAACUGCACAGACAAGGCUGUAUAAGAAUGUGUCUGGUUAUUUCGGCAAUAUGUAUAUCACUCAACUCACUGAACUUCAUAUUUGGCUGUGAAAAUCCUGAGAUCAUUGACAAAGGCAACAGUUCACCACAAGGUUGUCAAUGUGAAGGUUUACAGUUUAUGGCAGUAUGUGAUGGGAUCGGGAAAACAUUUUAUUCGCCGUGUCAUGCUGGAUGUACGAGCAUGAUUUCUAAUAUAUAUAGCAGCUGUAGUGAGGCAGCCAAUGGAACAGUAACAAUUGGUAUUUGUCAGAGUAACUGUCCUUAUUUGAUACCAUAUGUAGUUGUGGAAGUUCUUCUCACAUUUGUUGGAACUAUGAGUGUAAUUCCUGUCUCUCUUAUCAUUUUACGGUCACUAGAAGAUCAGGAUAAGUCGAUUGCUUUUGGAAUGCAAUCAUUCAUUUUAUCACUUACAGUUUUCAUCCCUGCACCGAUAGUGUUUGGUUAUUUAUUUGACAGUGUAUGUAAAGAAUGGAGUACUUCCUGUGGAACAAAAGGAGCAUGCGCAUUGUAUGACAUUGAAGCUAUGCGAUACACAUUGAACUCUGUUGAAGUUGGAGUAAGGUUGAUAGUUUUCGUUCUGUACAUAUUCAUAUUUCAUAUUGCAAAAAGAGACGACUCAAAGAAAAAGAACUCUGAAAAUGGGCAUGGAAUGAAUAAAACAACAGUUAUAUAAGAUGUUUCAAUGUCUAGUUUAUUUUGUUGUGGCUUUAAACAUUUAUUUAUC